UUUGUCAAUAUCUUUUUGAAUACUUUCUAAAAGUCUUCCACUAUUGGCUCUUGUCUCUGAUUCAAUUGCGAAGUUUCCAAUUAUCAAGACCUUAAAACACCUUAAAACAUUACUUUCAUCUAAAGAUCUGUCAUUUUAAGCUGACCCUGGAUCACUUAAAGUUUCCUAUAUAUUAAGGGCUGUAUCUAUCGAUUUACGAUGUUUGUUGGAGCUUUGUUGACGAUCUUCUUGUUUCAGACAAAGACAUUCACAUAUGCUUAUUCACAGCCAGGAGAAUUUCCCGACUGCGAAUCACUGUUCUUAAAGAGCAAAUACUAUUGUACAGAGACAUCCACUUCUACAAGAAGCUGUCCACCAACAGAGAAAUCAUGUAGCAAGGAUGGUAAAGAACACUGUUGCAAAGAGAAAAUUAUCAAAGACAAUGACGAAACGUGUGAUAAAAGCAAACUUGCUUCCUUUUUGACCGAAGUUGAUGCAGUWACUUYUAAGAACAAGGUUAUUUUUGGCGAUAAACUAUCAGUCCAGAAAGUAAUCUCCUCCUUGCAGUGCUAUGAUUACUGCGUUCGUGACGAUAAGUGCCAGGGAUUCAACUUUCAAAAGAAAACAGAGAAUGCCUCUAAAAUCUGUGAACUGAUCGGUAACGUGCACUGGGACACCAAUGCUGGGAUUAUCACGCAAACUAAGGAAAACUACAUGUAUUACAUGAUAAAUCAUGACAAAUUCAGAGAUACAUUUUUGAAUUACAAUGGCUGUGAUAGCGAGAAAGACAUACCA